UACACUGGGCCACCGUAGUUUUAACACUGAAACCCGAUUUCAGCUGGUGUAGUUCUGUUCUCAAUUCCAAUAGAGCCACACAACAACUCCGAGUCUAGCCGAAGUUUUCCAGGAGAGAAUCGGGAGUGUUGUCCGAUUGUAGCCGAAGAUUGCCGAUGAAAAUUCCUGCUGCUUUUCGUACCAAUUGGAGGAGAGUGAGAGGCGGAGAUCGGCUCUUAGCGGCAGGGCAGUCCGGUAUGAAAGGACUAUUCAUCUUUAGUAAUGAACUCCAGGCUUCGUGUGUUGGGUGGGAGAAUAAGCAACAUACGAGUAUCAGAGCUGCCAAAGGACAAGAACAGGUCGGAGGUCGUCUGCAAUGUGCACUUCCUGGAUGGCACAGUGCAGAGCUUCAAAGUCAAUAAACAAGAUGCUGGUCAGGUUUUGCUCGAUAUGGUCUACAACCACCUGGGCCUGAUAGAGAGAGAAUAUUUCAGCUUGCAACACAAUGAAGAUUCAGUAGACUCUCCCAUUGGUAGCAAAUUGAGGUGGCUUGAGCCUACAAAACCAAUCAGGAAACAGCUGAAAGGGAGUUUUCCCUGUUCGCUACGAUUUCUGGUGAGGUUUUUCAUCCCAGACCCCAAUAUGCUACAGCAAGAACAAACUAAGCAUUUAUAUUUUUUACAACUGAAGAACGAUAUCCUAGAAGGAAGGUUAAACUGUCCUCCCAGUUCGGCGGUUGUCCUUGCUUCCUACGCAGUGCAGUCUGAACUUGGCGACUACAGUUCUUCUGAGCACCCUCCUGGAUAUCUAUCUGAAUUCCAUUUUAUACCUGAUCAGGGUGAAGACUUUCUUACCAGAGUGGGAUCACUGCAUGACCAGCACAGAGGCCUCAAACAAUCAGAAGCAGAGCUUUGCUAUUUGAAUAUUGCCAGAACCAUGGAGUUCUACGGUGUAGAAUUGCACAGUGCUAGAGAUCCUAACAAUGCAGAGCUGCUCAUAGGAAUAGCCUCUGGGGGUCUCGCUGUCUUUCGAAAUAUGAUUUGCACAAGCUUCUACUCCUGGGUCAAUAUCAUGAAGAUUUCCUUUAAAAGGAAACGGUUCUUUAUUCAGCUAAGACAGAAACAUGGUGAAACCCGAGAACAUAACGUGGCCUUCAGUAUGUUGAACUACAGGGCGUGCAAAAACCUGUGGAAAUCCUGUGUGGAGCAUCACACCUUCUUUCAGGCCAAGAGAUCACUACCUCAGGACAAAAAGCUGCUGUCCCACAACUGGACCCUGGGCUACAAGAAUCCAGCAAAGUCUAUAAACAGUCAGUUUUGCCGGAAAGUCAUCGGUGGGAUGGUCUGGAACCCAGUAUUGAGAAAAUCCUUGUCAGUGGAGCAUCUAGAGACCAAAAGCCUUCCUUCACGCUCGCCGCCUAUGACGCCAAACUGGCGGAGCCCUCGAUUGCGCCACAAUAUCAGGAAGCCACGGCACUCCUCCAUGGACAACUUGGAAAGCGAGAUGACCUACAUCACCGAGACAGAGGACGUGUUCUACACCUACAAGGAGUCGCCCAGCUCCAAGGACAGCGAUACAGAGUCCUCCUGGAACCACAGCCCCUGCAGAAAGUCACCAGAGUCAGAAAUGCCAAAGAAACUACUGGAAAGCAGUGACACAAGUUCCCCUCGCAUAUCCCACGGCCAUUCUCUGCCACCUUCCCCCAAUGGCGUGGAGACGCAGGCACAGGUGAACAGACUGUCCGGGACACACCCACUUGACGGGGUUGAUAAACAGCUCCUGGCAAGCUAUGAUAACACAACACGAGCAAACCACACCGACGGAGACUGCCAGUACUACUGUGACAAUAAUGAGCUCUUGGAUGCGGAACUGCUGCUGCUACGGAUAACACCGGAUGCAGAAGGACGGUUUGGAUUCAAUGUGAAGGGUGGAGUGGAUCAGAAGAUGCCCCUUGUAAUAUCCAGAGUGAGCCCAGACUCCCCUGCUGACCUGUGCACACCGAAGCUUGUUGAAGGGGACCAGAUUGUGCUGAUCAACGGCAGAGACAUCUCGGAGCACACCCAUGACCAGGUUGUAAUGUUCAUCAAAGCCAGCCGAGAGUCACACACCAAAGAGCUUGUGCUGCUGGUCAAACGGAAAGUUGUAAAACUCCACGUUGAGCAGAUAAUUGAGGACAAGAUGGAUGUCUCAUUACCGGGUGACUCGAUCCUCUCCACCUACCCCCAGUAUGGGACCCUAGAGGAGUCCAUGCAGCAGCUGAAGAGAGGGCUGGAGAGCGGGACUGUGCUCAACCAGUUUGAGCAACUGUACAGAAAAAAACCUGGGAUGACUGUUUUGUGUGCAAAAUUACCUCAGAACAUGGACAAGAAUCGGUACAAGGAUGUGUUGCCAUAUGACAAUACCAGAGUUGUUUUAGAUGGAGAAGAGGAUAAUUACAUAAAUGCCAACUUUGUUAAUAUGGAAAUCCCAUCAGCCGGCAUAGUUAACAAGUACGUGGCGAGCCAGGGCCCCCUGCCACACACCUGCUCACACUUCUGGCAGGCUGUGUGGGAGCAGCACUGUGCCGUGAUCGUCAUGCUCACCACUCUUACGGAACGAGGGAAGCCAAAAUGUCACCAGUACUGGCCUGAUCCUCCUGAGGUUAAGGAAUAUGGCAACUUCCAGGUCUGCUGUCACUCUGAGGACUGUAACAUCGCCUACGUCUUCCGGGAAUUGACAGUCACCAACAUUGAGACCAGGGAGGAGCGCAGUGUCACUCACCUGCAGUACGUGGCCUGGCCUGACCAUGGAGUUCCAGAUGAUCCCGCUGAUUUCCUGGACUUUGUGAACUCUGUGAGACAGAAGAGAGUUGAGAAUGAGCCCCUAUUUGUCCACUGCAGCGCGGGAAUCGGUCGAACUGGUGUCCUGGUUACCAUGGAGACAUCAGUGGAAUUAAUUGAAAAGAAUCAACCUGUGUACCCGCUGGAUAUCGUUCGAACAAUGAGGGACCAGAGAGCAAUGAUGGUGCAGACAGUGGGUCAGUACCGGUUUGUGUGUGAAGCUAUCCUGCGCGUCUAUGAGGAAGGGUUGAUGAAGCUUCAAGACUCCAGUUAGUGCUGAUACUGAUGAAGCAGCAGCAGCAAGCUAGGGGAUUAAUCACUACCCCUGUGAAUUUCAGUCAGAGAGCAGAGUCCACAGUGAUUCCAAUUACCAUCAGGUAUCAGCAACAGAAAGAGAGAGACGGAGGUGAUGACGUCUGAGCACAUUUGAACUGGCACUUUAAACACAUUGGGACGAUCACUACUAAAGUAUAUAUUUUCAUAAGUGUCUUGUAAGGUUGUUGUUUUGUUUUGUUUUUUGUUUGGCUAACCUGUCAAAAACAAUGAGAGGUGUGUGUGUUUUUUUUUGUUUUUUUUUAUUGCCUAUAUAAAAGAAAUAAAAAGCAUCUGACUGCUGAUGUCACAGUG